AUGCUUAAAUCCAUAAAGAAUGUUUGGCCAAUUUGUCCUCUUCACCACCAAUACAUCCGUGUUAUUAGACCUAUCAUCGAAUACCUAAUUACUUAUGCAACAACCUCCGAGAUUCCAUUUUUCAAUAACCCUAAACUCUCCUACCCCAAUAUAUACUUGAAAGCAUCUUUAGCGAG